AUGGGUCGGAAUAUCCACCUCUACGCUGCCGGAUCCAACGCACAAGGCCAGCUCGGGACGACCAACUGUGACGACGCCCACACCUUCAGCCCGUGCGCGUUUGCAGGAUCCCCACCUGGCGAGCUCCCUCCGGGGACCGAGUCGAUCGUCCACAUCGCGGGCGGCGGGAACCACACGCUCGCUUUGCUCUCGCGCCGGGCGUCGCCAGACUCGCCGGCGCGCGCUGAGCUGUGGGGGUGCGGCGACGGAUCGAAGGGCCAGCUCGGCCCCGAAUACUACGCGCGCGAGGCGGCGGGGGCGCGGUCGGCCGUGUUCCGGCGCCUGCGUCUGCCGUUGGCGGAGCGCGGGCUGGAAGGAUACGAGCCCGCGCGGAUCGCUGCGUGCUGGGAGACGAGCUACGUCGUGCUUCAGCGCGCGGGGCGGGACGACGCGCUGCUCUCCAUGGGGGGCGACGACUUUGGCGACCUCGGCAUCGGAGGGGCAGCGCGCGGGCAGGGGAGGGGGAGUGCACAGGAGGAGCACGCGGCGAGCCCGGUUCACGUCGUGGAUUUUGCCGCUGUCGUGGGCCCCUCGAACGGACGCGUCGCGGUGGUGGACGUCGCCGCGGGCCCGCACCACGUCGUGGUGUGCUUGCGGGUGUCGCGGGACGACGGGCUGCCGCGGGAGCUCGCCGUCGGGUGGGGGACUGCUCGGCACGGCCAGCUCGGGCGCGCUGUUGCGUGUGCCUCUGGGCGACCAGUCGCCUUUGCGGCGUCUCCUCGUCUCGUUCAGCUCGACAGCGACGGUGGCGGUGAUGGCGACCGCGGUGUCGCUGCUGUCGCGCUUGGAAACCAGCACUCGGUGUUCCUGCGCGGUUCUGGCCGCGUCUCGGGGCUGGGGUCGGACAAGAAGGGGCAGGUGCAGGGCCUGUCCGCUUUCUCGCGCGCGUGUGCUGUUGGGUGCACUUGGCACGGGACGUAUGUCCUCAUCGAGGAGGCGGGGCAUCGAGCUCUUAUGUCGGCAGGCAGCCACGCGAAGGGACAGCUAGGGCGACCGCUUGCGCCCAGAGGUUCUCAGUCCGCCAGCUCCUCCCCUGCGAUUGGACCAGUGGAGUUUCCGCCUUCUCUUCUUCGCUCCUCCUUGCGCUUGCGGCGUUUUGCUUGUGGCAGCGAGCAUGUCCUCGCUUGCUUCUCGGAUUCCGACUCCUCCGGCCUGCCUGGAGAGACGGAGGUGUGGGGCUGGGGGUGGAACGAACAUGGAAAUCUGGGCCUCGGCACGCUCGAUGACGUUCAUCUUCCUGUUAAAGUAUGGCCACCGCUAUCUUUGGCGAACGCCGGGGAGGUGGUCGGUGUCUGGGCUGGCUGCGGGACCAGUUGGAUAGCUGUCACGACGUAA